UGUAAAAAUCAUCCGGUGAGGGUGAAAACCUCGAGGAAAUGUUGGUGAUGGAGGACUCGCGCUUUACAGACGGUUUUGGCUUAUCUAAAGGUGGCGCUCGUGCUAUCGGGGUUAUGUUGGAUGGUGACACAACCGCCAUUAAAGACCCAUUGAACACAACCGCCAUUGAAGAAACAGUGAACGAAACCGCCAUUGAAGAAGUAGAAGAUGACGAAGAAGGAUGUUCGUUAGCUCUUGAAGCAUUGUUAAAGGAGGUAAUGUCGUAACUAACCUUUUGAAUUCAGUAGAAAUCGUUGUUUGUUUUAAUUGGGGUUUUGAUUAAUUAAUCUCAAAAUAAUAACAUUUGAUAUUAAAUUGAUUAAAUUGAUGAAUUGUGCUUGUUUAGUAUAAAUGUGUUUUAGUGGAAAUAAUGAGAAUAUGAGAUCAAAUGUUCUUGUUUUGGUUUACUGAUUAGUUUAGAUUCAGUGGAUCUAUUGUUGUUGUUGUUGUUGUUGUUGUUGUUGUUGUUGUUGUUGUUGUUGUUGUUGUUGUUGUUUCAUGUAAAUAAUGAGAAUAUGAGAUCAAAUGUGCCCUGAGAUUAGUUACUGUUUGUUUGAAUUUUGAUAUGCUUUGAAUGAUGUUGGAAAGGUGAAUGUUGGUUAAGAGUCAUACAAGACUCAAACCAAAGGAAAGAGUCGUGUGGCUAUAAGCUUCGAGAUCAAAGAGUUUGCAAAUGCAGAGGUUUCCCUUCCUCCACCUUAAUCAGGAAUGAUCUUUGAUAAUUGGAAAAAAAUAGACCCAUAUUUUAGGGACUAUGGGAAACAAGAAGGUUUUGGUGUAGUCCGUUCAAGUGGAGCAACAAUAAAAAAAGGUUCUAAUGCUAAGGACAAGCGGAGUGUGACAUGGACAUGAGAAUGUUACGGUACGCCUAGUAAGAAGGGCAAGAAAACUGAUGCCCCCACAUUUGUUUCGGAUUCACAAAUAUAUGACGAAAUUUGUGUUAAACAAAAGAGCAAAAAAGUGCAAUGCCCGGUGAAAUUAUAUGCAAAGUUGAAUGAAGGGCGUGAUUGGGUAAUUGAUAAAGCCAUUCUUAGAACAUAAAGGUCACUCACCAACACCGGGGAAGUCCAAGAACAUCACUAAGUUUAGGAAGAAGUUCUUGACGGACAAUCUCCACAUACUUAAACAAGUAUUCAAUGACCGCAAGGUGGGUGUUCAAGUUGCAAAGAUAUUCAAUUGUACAACCCGUCAAAGGAAUGGCCGAGAGGAGAUGAAAUUUACUCAACAGGAUUUGCAUGAUGAGGUUGCAAAGCAAAGGAAAAUCAUAUUUUAGGAAGGUGAUGCAAAGGCAAUGUUUUCUUACUUCAAAAGGAUGGUGGAUGAUAACCCACUUUUUUUCCAUACCAAUCGAGUGGAUGAUUUGGGUAGGCUCCAAGAUGUAUUGUGGGUAGAUGCUAGGAGUCGCGUUGCGUACGAGGAGUUUGGAGAUGUUGUAUGUUUUUAUUCUACUUACUUAACAAAUGAGUAUAAGCUCCCAUUCUGUAAUUUUGUGGGGGUUAACCAUCACGGUAAAACCGUCUUGUUCGGAUGUGCACUAGUGUCUCGAGAGACCGCUGAAACGUUUGAAUGGGUCUUCUCCAACUGGUUGAGGUGUAUGGGUGAAAAACAGCCUAUUGGGAUCCUAACGGAUCAAGAUCCGGCGAUGAGGAAAGCGUUGAAAGUGACUAUGCAAGGAACCGUUCAUCGGUGGUGUAUUUGGCACAUUACAAAAAAAUUUGCCAAGAAGCUUAAAAAUUACAGUGAAAUUGAAGCUGAUCUUGAGUGUGCAAUUUAUGACUGUCUUGAUUGUGAAGAGUUUGAGGCUAAUUGGCUUGAGGCAAUCAAAAAGCAUGAACUAGAAGAUGAUGAAUGUCUUCAAGGGUUGUAUGAAGAACGCAAUAUGUGGGUGCCUGCUUUUGUGAAACAUUUAUUUUGGGUCGGGAUGAAAACAACUCAACGAGUUGAGAGUAUUCACAGGUUUUUUGAUGGGUUUCUGAGCAUGCAUACUUUGUUGCAUGAGUUUGUGGAGAGGUAUUGUGAUGCCUUGGAAGUUAGGUGCACAAAUGAGAAAAGGGCAGAUGACAAUAAUGACAGGCAUGUGAGGCAAGGUUACACUGAUUUCCCGGCUGAGUUGGUAUUUCAGAAGAUUUAUACGGAUGCAAAAUUAAAGGAGGUGCAACAGGAGUGCAACCGUGUAAUUUAUGUAAGUGAGAUACAUUGGAAUCGGGUUUCUAACACAAUAACUGAGUUUGUUGUGGAGGAUAAAGUAUGGUACAAGCCCAAAGGAUCGCAUAAAGAAAAGCCAUCCAAGAGAAAGAGAGAGUACAAGCUUUCAUUUGACAGGUCAACCAAGCACGUAACUUGUGACUGUCGCCACUUUGAGUGUCAUGGGAUUAUUUGUCGUCAUAUCAUUAGGGUUUAUGAGAUUAAUAAUUUUUAUGAGAGACCAGACUAUUAUAUUCUCCGGAGGUGGGGGAAAGAUGUGAUACGGAAGCACACAAGGGUGAAAGUGUGCUAUCAUGACCCAAACAAAACCGAGGAAGUUUGUAGGUAUGAAAAAAUGAUGGUCAGGUUUGGUACGUUGUGUUCAAAAGCUUCGGGUUCCAUUCAAACUACUAUAGUAGUGAUGCAAGCACUGCAGUUAGUUGAAUUGCAAGUGGAGGAGAAGUUAGCAAUGCUUGCGAAAAAGAGUGGUCAAGGUGUAGGAACACCAUCAUCAGUUUGUAUGGAGAAAGAAAAGGACUCAACCCCAUCGACUCAAAGACAGGGUAGCCAUGAGGGUCAUGGUGAUGGCAAUGAUGACAAUAGGGUAGCUGUAGAAGAACAAGAUUUUCAUGUGAAAGACCCACCCUUACCAAAGAGGCCAGCUCAUAGCACCACUGAUUCGAGGUACAACUUAUGUCUGGAGAAACCUAAGAAGGCAAAGACAACGAAGAACACACAACACAAGAACACACAAGGCAAGAACAUGACUAUUUUAGAAGCCCAAACAACUGAACCUUCCACAAAUGGGGUACCAUAUAUGUCGAUGAUGAAUAAGAUGGUUCCUUACGGUCCUCAAUGUGUUGGUGGCAUUCAAUUGCGGGACAAAGACGACUCUAUAGGGUACUUUACGGUUGUUGGUGGUGGUGGUAAAAACUUCCAAGGAUCCAAAAUCUCUCCUAGUCAGGGAUACUAUGUUUUGUAUCCUCAAUUUCCCCUAGCUCAGUACCCUUCAAGACCUUAUGGAUGGCAGAACCCUGUAUCUCCGUUAUCUGCCACAUCAUCCACACAAGGUGGCUACGUUCCUAUACUACCUCGACCUCGGACGCUGGUGACUCCACCCUCUCAUGCAUCACAGAGAUAGACUAAUAUGCUAAGGUGACUAAUUUUGCGUGGCCAUGUUUUGAAGGCCGAAUUCCUAACAACCCCAUUUUCUGUCAUACAAAUUGUUAGAAAAAGGGCCAAUUUUUUGUAAGCCCAAAUUGUAAGGGCAAUCUUUUGACAUUACAUAUGUGAGGGUAAGGUCCGUCUUUUGACAUUACAAGUGUUAACAUU